AUGCUACGCAGGGUCCUAAAUGUACACUGGAGCUCACACACAACCAACGAAGCGCUUUACGGCGAACUGCCCGCAGUCGCUGACAAGAUAGCAGCCAAGAGACUCAAGCUUGCAGGACACUGUCACCGCCACCCUGAGCUGAGCACCCAGAAAGUCUUGCUAUGGGAGCCAAAGCACGGCCACAGAAAUAGAGGGCGGCCACGAACAUCGUAUGUGGAUACCCUAAAGAAGGAUACUGGAGCGAAGAGUGCCAGCGAGCUAGCUUCACUGAUGAAGGAUUGUGACGUUUGGCGCUACCAUGUUCACUCUCGCCGCGUUGCGACCUAA